AUGGAUGACCCUGCAAAACAAUGGGCACGACUGUCUCUCAAAGCCAAAGAAAACCAAACUAUUGACCUCCCACCUGCAGUUGAAUGUAACAGCCGCAUCCUCGUCGCAAAACUCUUCACUAAAAGAAAGGUCAACUUGGAGGCUCUCACAAGAACCUUACGGAGUAUGUGGCGCUCGAUUCAGACUUUUGAAGUGCGAGACUUGGGAUCCAAUACAGUAUUAUUAAUCUUUGAAGAUGAGUCCGUUCCACAGAAGUUGAUGAUGCAGGGGCUGUGGACUUUUGACAAGUAUUUGAUUGGCUUGAAUAAACCUUUGGGUGAAGAAUCAGUGGAGGACGCUACAUUUGAUAGAGCGUCAUUUUGGGUCCAGAUGCAUAACCAUCCCCUUUGCAGAAUUUAUACAGCCACCGUCGAACAGGUUGACGCUUCCACCAUUGGAGAAUGUCGUGGCCGUUUUCUUCGGGUGCGAAUCCAAUUGGAUAUCAACCAACCUUUGUGCAGAGGACGCAUGGUGAACAUCGGCGAAGCGGAAUCUCAGUGGGUGGCUUUCCAGUAUGAGAAGCUUCUGAUCUUCUGCUACUGGUGCAGCGUUCUUAAUCACGAUGAGAAAGACUGCCACCUUUGGACAGAUGGUAGUGCGACUGUGAGAACUGAAGACCAGCAAUACAGCGCGUGGUUACUUACGCGCCCCCACCAUAAAUCUUCAACAGUCACAAGUGGUUAA